AUGCGUGAUACAAUGACUGGGCUUCUAGCCCUGCCUUCUGCUCUGUUCGCCAUCAUCUUUGCGACACCAUCUUACAGUCAAGACUGGCCUUACAACUUACCGCUCAGUGCGAAAUAUUAUCCUGAACACGAACACCACAUCAAACGAGAUCUCGAAAUACAGCAGAAACUCAAUACAGCCACACCAUCUGGUGUUCGCAAGAUGAGCGACCAUGAAGGAGAAAAGUUCUUUCUGGAUUACUGGCACUUUGACGAGCAGACAUUUGAGUCCAUUGAGAUGGCUCGGCCUCUAAGCGCUCGACGCUCGGUCAGCUCUGCAGCACUGUUGUCGAACAUCUCCACCGUUGAAGAAUUGCUCCCACCGCUGCUCUUGCAUGCAGAACCUCAACAGUUUGUUCCAUCUCACAGAUUCUUUGGUCGCAGCUUAUCCGAACGGGCAUUUCAAUGCCCUACUGGGACCAACAGCUGCGCAUCGAUUGGAUACCCCAACAGCUGUUGUGCUACUAGCGAAACCUGCAUCUCGCUCCCAGAAAAUGAUGGAGCAACGAUAGGCUGCUGCCCGGAUGGUGCAAACUGUAAUGGUCAGAUUGGAUUGUGUGAUACUGCCGCAGGAUACACGGACUGUGAGAAUGAAAAUGACGGUUGCUGCAUUCCCGGCUAUACAUGUCAGGGUGCUGGAUGCAUAUAUGCAUCGACCGCUACAACCACUACCACGUUACCAAUAGUCACCGUGACUACUGGAGCUUCAUGGUCAACGUUGUCCGAUAGCACGACUACCCAAACCUUCGUUGUGCCAGCAAGUUCUGGCUCACAAACGGCUUCGGUCUGCACUACUACAACUACUCUAGUAGUGACAAGUUCUGGAAACGCCUUGACAACGACGAUUGUUGAAACGACGACCAUACUUGCAUCUUCGGGGGCAUCGACGACAUCGUCUGUCUCUGAAACUCCGACCAGCCCUUCGUCUUCGGGCCAAGGCCCAUUGACCUGCAGUCCUGGUUUCCAAACAUGUCCAGCAAGUCUUGGAGGCGGUUGCUGCCAUACUGAUCGAGCCUGUGGUUCUGUGACUUGCCCUCCGUUGUCUACCGCUGCUCCACCUGUUCUGCCAACAAGUGGGUCUGGGCCAGUCUCAACUUCAGCUCUGCCGUCAAGCACCGAGUCCCGCAAGACUACCUCCACAUCAAGUACCGUCACGUUUUCUGGCUGUCCGACUGGGUUCUAUAUGUGCUCAGCAUAUUAUUUGGGCGGAUGCUGCCGAGUCGGAAGGAACUGCGACACGACUAGUUGCCCUACUUCUGCAAGCACAGCUGUGGUCACAAACUCCGGACUGACAGUGAUCGCUCCUAGCGGUGCCAGCUCUGCAGCUCUCACUGGACACUGUGCGAACGGUUGGUUUAGUUGUCCGGCCAGUGUGGGCGGAGGAUGUUGUCCAUCUGGCUAUGGUUGUGGGACAAGCUGUACGGCCAUGGCUAGUGGACAGAGCAACGUUGGCAAAGAAGCGCCUAGUGAGGCAGCAAAUGCAAGAGCGUGUGGAUGGGUUCUUUUGGGCUUAAGUGUUAUUUCGGGGCUUGGAGUGGUAUUUCUAUGA